CUCACCGUGGAGUCUCUGUGGCUCAGUGGAAGAGCAUCGGAGCGUGGAAUCCGAAGGUCUGAGGUUCGAUUCCUCAUGGGGACUCAGAAUUUUUCUUUGUCCCACGCUCGUGACAAGAUGAAAAACAUCUUUCUUUAAAACAGAGGAUUGUUCCCUAUCCUUUGCUCAAAGUCCGAUCCAAAGUUUAAAUAAUAAUUCCGACCCAGGUUCCCAACGGACAGAGAUAAAAUAAGAACUCUGUGACUCUUCCAGCUGAUUGAUUCAAUUUCAAUUUGCCUAACGAACAACAGCGUUUACGUUCGCGUGUAGAGUAAAAUUCGCCUGUUCAAGUGAUGAGACUCGUUCCUUGACUGUGAUCAUCAGAUUUUUCGUUACUUUCCGCGUGGAUCUUGAUUUCUUGCCACCAUGGAUUCGGAUUUGCUUGUGGACUUACAACUUCAGUAUGAUUAUUUAUUCAAAGUUCUGAUGAUCGGCGAUUCUGGCGUGGGAAAAUCAUGUCUUCUUCUUCGUUAUGUUGAUUUCGCCCACAGAGAGGCAUACCUUAACACAAUUGGAGUAGAUUUUAAAAUAAAAACCAUCAAGCUCAAUGGGAAAAGAAUUCGUCUUCAAGUUUGGGACACUGGUAAGUGGAUAUUGCGUAUGGCGGUGAAAUUUAAUACGGUAGAAUACAUAACUGACAAUUUUUUUCUCAACUUUUAAAUCCAAGGGUAAAUAUGUACCUGAAAUCGCCUCUAGGGCUUCGUUUCAACAUGAUGUCUUUGUUUCGCUGUGUUUGUUCUCUUGAAAAAUUAAUGGCUUCCGAGUUGUUGCUUGAAAUUCAAGAACAUUGCUUGUUGUUAACGAUCGACAGUCAGCCCUUUUAUCUUUCACUGCACAAAAUUGCGGGAGAAAAUCUACCAGCGCUUUUAAACUACUUUAAGAAGCACGCUAAUUUUCAGCAUCCUUCGAACAAAACUGUUUGCAUUUUUAAUAGCAAUUCUGUGGCACCCUGAAGAUGUUGUUAAAAGAACUGACGUACAGAUUUGUUGUUUGCGUUUUUCUUUUCGUAAACCGAAAGUAAAUGGAUUAGAAGAUCACGUUGCGAGCUUAGAAAAAACAAUGCUGAUCAGUCAAAUUCUUUGAUAAUUAUUUAAUUUUGCACACAUUACGAAUUCACGGUACGAAAUUUACAGAUUGCUGGUGUUGAUAAACACAGGAAACUGUAUUGUGCGUGAGUGUUUGACUUCCUUGUAAACAAAAGAUUUCCUGAAGAGUAAACUAGAAGCAGUGAAUAUUUCUAGACCUCGAUCAAUUUGCGCGAAGGGUAAACAACACCGAAAUAUUCGAUCUUCAUUAUCCGUUGAAAUCUGCGCUCCGUCAUUGUGCCAAUUAGUGGGAAAAUGUAAAUUCGUACGUACUCUUGGUAUUAAAAACGAUAAAUUUAUUAUUUUUUGUACCGUCGCUCUAAUCCCUAAAUGAGAAAGAAAGCAAAUUGAUUGAUUGCAUUUGGAAGAAAAAAAAAGGAUAAUCUACAAAAAAUGUCGGAUUUAUAGUGGAAAAACGAAGGGUGAUUCAAUUCCUCUAUGUCUGGAAUCGAACCCAGAAAAAUUUUUGCAUGUUUUCUCUUGCAUAUGAAACUACGAUAACAGUUGUCAGAAAUGUGAUUCACAGAUAGGCUGGCAUAUAUCAAAAGUUAUAUUGUGAAUAUUUGGUCUCGGUAAAAAUCGGACAGGACAUUUGUAAGAAGUCUGGAUAGAACUGGGGAAAUCUUAGUUCAAGUAUGAUCAGAAAAUUGAGAUCGUUAAGACGAGGCACCUGCAGAAAUAAGCCAUUUGGGCUUUUACGUGCAAUCAAAUGUGAUAUUUUCUCGUCACCUGAUGGAUCAUCGGGGACAAUGUGUGUCAAUGGAUGGUAAAUAUUAGUGAAUAAUAAGCAGUUCUUGAACAAUUAUGCAUAAGAGGACAUUAGGCUAUCAACUUACAAAAGGAAAUUUAUGCACUUAAAGGAUUGUUUCUAAAACAUUUUGGCUGUGUGGGAGUUUGUUGUCCUUCAAUGACAGGAAAAUUUUUCAUUCUGGUGAAGGCUACGUCUUGGCUAUUUGUCUAAAAAUGAAGCAAGGUCAGGUGUUUCUUUUGAUUUUGGUACAAUGUCACAAUGGUUUUUAGUAAGUAUAGAAAUUGUCAUGGCAAUUUGCACAUUGAUCGCAAUAAUUUGAGGAUUUUUUAAAUGGAUUUAGCCUUGAGGUUAAAGCAAAACUUUCAGUCUACAUAAAUCAAGGUAAAACCUGAAAAAUUCAAGUUCAAAAUUCUUAAACUGUUCUUGCUACCCAAGACCCUGUGUUACUCUAAAGAAAACAAACCAUAAAUAUACAUGGGCACAGUAGUUCCAUGUUUCAAAGUGACAAAUGGAUUCUAUCUUAACAUGUGUUGAAUCAGUUGUAGAUCAAAAUGCAGGUAGGACUAAAAAGUGGCACACAGGAGCAGCUGAGUGUAUCACUGAUGUUCUCAUGACAUUUUGACCUCUACUGUGAUCUAUUGCUGUACAGACUGAUAACAACAUGGAAUCUAUUCAUAUUUCUUUAAAAAAAGAGCUGAAGAUGUUAAUGGUGAUGUUAUCUGUGUGUCUGUCCUCCAAAAGAUCAUUAUUUAGAACCAAUCAAAUUGUUUGAAUAAGUGAGCUUAUUGUGUAAUCUUAUUCCACCAACAUUUCAAAUUUUUGGUUUGGAUACUUAAAAUUUUGUUAACACAUAAGAAAAAAAACACAAAAUUGAACCAAUAAUUCAGAAGUUUUGUCUUGAUAUUUAAUUGAGAGUCAGUAUUCUGAUGUUUUAUACAACUGCACAAAGUGGAUAAUUUGUGAAUAGAGUACAAAUCUUCUCUGCUAUCGUACAGUUUGUUAUUUUUGUACUGUAAAAAAAAAUCUGUUUAACUAGUUUGCUACAUGUUCCAUGUUUCUCUAUCCCCUUUGCUUUUCUGGCCUUCUGAGAAAUGAGCAGAAACACUUAGCAGCAGUUAGAUAAUAAAUAACUUAUUAAACAUUUUGAUGUGUGAAAUUGCUUAGUGAUUUUACUCAUUGAAAGAAUUUUGGCUCGCCCUGCAAGACUCAACAAAAGUAGGCACAACUCAUGAAAAUCCUCAGCGAUGCUACACACCAGAAACAUCUAAUAAUAUAUAUUUAUUUUGUUGCAGCUGGCCAAGAAAGAUUUAAAACAAUAACAUCCUCAUACUACAGAGGAGCGCAUGGGGUUAUGAUAGUCUAUGAUAUUGCAAGAAAAGAAACUUUCUCUAACCUCAAUAAAUGGCUGAAUGAGGUAGAAACGUAUGCCAAUCAAGGAGUCUUGAUGAUUCUGGUCGGCAACAAGACAGACCUUAAUUCACAUCGUCAAGUUUCCACCGAAAGUGGUGCAGAGUGGGCUGCUCGUAAUGACAUGCCUUUCAUAGAGACAAGUGCUAAAGAUUCUUUUAACGUCACCGAGGCUUUCACAAUGCUUGCUGAGCUGGUAAAUAAACAUGUUAAAGACACUCAGACAGAGCAAAGAGCAUUUGUGUUGGGGGAUAAUCUUGAUCGUGGAAUUCGAGCAGGAGAUGGAAAUGAGAAGGAAAAGUGUGGCUGUAGUAACUAG